AUGGGCAUCAACACUCAGGACUUCAUCAGCAAAAUGGAAGGGUUUGCUAUCCAAGGGAUACAAGGUUUGGUUUUCCAUUGUUAUCACCUUCUCCAGUUAAAUUCUAUUUGUACUAGACACCGCAAACAAUCACCAAAAAUGUGGGAGGUCACUGGCAAAAGCAAAGCCAAGAUGCAGUGGGCAGACUACUUUCACAAUGUGGUCAAUCCCUAUCAGGUCGCCAUCAAAGGAUGGCCAGAGCAUAUUCCAUUUACAAACCUCAGCAAUGUGUCCAGCACCCUUCCAGACCUUAAAUUUCUUUUAGACUGUUGGAAGAUGGGAGCUAUGGCCUGGAAUAUCUUGGAUGAU